UCGAAUGUUUGAUUAAAUAUUUUUUUCCUUGCGGACGCUGCUAAUGUUGGAUACCCAGUCAACUUAGCAAGGUUAUCGCAAAGUUUCUAGGUUCAUUCCAGUAGUAUAAACCAUCACAAGGUAACCGUGUCAUUCGAAGAGAUAUUAGGUUUGAUUCGGUCGGUGUUCUAUGAUCCAACCUUUGAUCUUACUUCAGUGACUGCUUCCCAGAUGGGACACAACGUAAAAGAAACCAAAGCCUUGCAUUUCUUCCUUGGAAGAAAGAGAAGGUGGAGCUUGAAAACUGGCGAGACGGUGGGAGAAAGGGACUCGCGCUCCGCAACUGGACGAUAUUUGGCCAACUGACAAUACAGAAGCUUGAGCAGGCUUGAGUUUCUCGCCCAAAGUGGAAAGCGAGAGACACUAAACACAUUUAGCUAGCCUGUUAACAUAAAUGGUUUUGUAAAAGCGCAUGUUAUCACCUGUGACCAGUAUCGGUGGAGUUGCAUUUCGACGAUUUGGACGACCGGACUAGAAAGUGCUUUUUGGACUCGGAAACCUAGCGAGCUAGUCCGCUAAUGUUAGCCAGCGAGUUAUAAACAAGUUCCUUGGAUUAACGAACGGGACCACCUUGACUUUUGGCAACAUAACAUAACAGUUUGCUCCAGUUUUGGAAAAUGCUUCAACCCAUACAAAGGUUCUGCUGUGCUGCUUAGGACGCUGAAGCUGAACAAGACCCCACAGGCUCCCAAUAAAGGGCUUUGUUCACAACCUUGCAGCGCUUUGUUUACUUUCUAGCACCUGAGGCACACAUUUCAAAAUGGAAGGAAGAAUCGCUCUGUGGCUGAUGUGAGGUUGUGAUCGCUGAGUUUGCUGAAGUUCGCUUGCCGAUCUUCCAAGGACAACCACCUCUGGCCUUGGCUCUGCCUGUGUGUCCGUUACCUCCAGCUGGACAGGUUGAUAUUUACAGCAUGCCCGUGUAGCGCAGAACCUGAACACAUGCGACCAAGACUGGUGGACCUCUGAUCAAGACACUAGAACCAUGGGCAAGGAGCAGGACCUCUUACAGGCGGUCAAGAACGGAGACCUGCCCUCCGCUCAGAAACUGCUGGCCAAGGUCAAGGCCAAUCGAAGCAAGUUAUUGGGCUCCACAAAGAGACUGAAUGUCAACUACCAGGAUUCAGAUGGGUUUUCAGCACUACACCACGCUGCACUCACGGGCACCACAGACCUCAUCACCCUGCUGCUGGAGACCCAGGCCACGGUGGACAUCAAGGACAGCAAUGGAAUGCGCCCGCUGCACUACGCAGCCUGGCAGGGCAAGGCCGACUCUGUUCAGAUGCUGCUGCGUGCCGGGGCGUCCGUCAACGGCACUUCACACGACGGACAGAUACCCCUGCACCUGGCCGCGCAGUACGGCCACUACGAUGUGUCUGAAAUGCUCCUGCAGCACCAGUCCAACCCCUGCCUGAUCAACAAGGCCAAGAAGACACCGCUGGACCUGGCCUGUGAAUUUGGGAGGCUGAAGGUUGCUCAGCUGUUGUUGAGCAGUAACAUGAUUGUGGCUCUGUUGGAGGGAGAGAGGAGAGAAGGCUCGGACUCCAGCUUCAACACUCCGCUUCAUCUCGCCGCCCGCAACGGUCACAAGGACAUUAUCAGGCUGCUUCUGAAAGCCGGCAUCGACAUCAACAGGGCCACCAAGGCUGGCACCGCCUUGCACGAGGCCGCCCUCUACGGCAAAACAGAAGUAGUGCGGCUGCUGCUGGACGCUGGAAUUGACGUCAACAUCCGCAACACCUACAACCAGACAGCACUGGACAUCGUCAAUCAGUUCACCACGUCCCACGCCAGCAAAGACAUCAAGCAGCUCCUGAGAGAAGCUACAGGAGUUCUACAGGUGAGAGCUCUAAAGGACUACUGGAACCUGCAUGACCCCACGGCCCUAAACAUCCGCGCAGGAGACGUUAUUAUGGUCCUGGAGCAGCACAUGGACGGCCGCUGGAAGGGACACAUCCACGACACGCAGAAAGGCACGGACCGCGUGGGCUACUUCCCUCCCUCCAUCGUGGAAGUGCUCAGCCGCCGAUCAGCAGGGGGCACCCUCUCCCGGCACGCCUCUCUGCCCACCCAGCGUCAGCAGUUCCUGUCCAGAGCCCCCCCCGCUUGCUCCAGCUUGAGUAACGUCCCACAGACUGACGACUCCUACACCCUGUACGCGCCCCCUACUCACCUCUCCUACCCCCGCGCCAACGGCCUGGACGACAACGCAGGUACGCCACCCGACAGUCCCAGCCUCCUCUCUGAGCCAGCUAGUCCCAGUGAGGACAUAUGGGUCCUCAGGAACUCUCUCCCCGCCGGGGACAGGAACAGCGUGGGCAGCACUGGCAGUGUGGGCAGUACCCGCAGUGCAGGCAGUGGACAGAGCACAGAGAGCAACAACACCCACAGCGGCCCCCAGCAGCCCGUCGCCCCCCCAGACCCAAACAAGCCAGCGCCCCCUGUUGGCGAAGUGGUGCAACAGCAGAGCACAGGCCCUGACCCCAGCAAACAGCCAGAGCAGCCUCAAGGGGCUCCACGGCGCAGUCUGAUCCCCCUGCGGUCCGGAGAGCAGGGCUUUUCCCAGCACUUCAUCCGUCCCGAGCAGCUUCUGGAGGGCCGGGAUGCCGAGGCCAUCUACCAGUGGCUGAGCGAGUUUCAGCUGGAGCACUACACCGGAAACUUCCUCAGCGCUGGAUAUGAUGUGCCCACCAUCAGCAGGAUGACCCCUGAGGAUCUCACUGCCAUUGGGGUCACCAAGCCUGGCCAUCGCAAGAAGAUCUCCAUGGAGAUAGGGAACCUGACCAUCCCUGAGUGGCUACCGGACUACAUUCCGUCGGAUCUGGGCGAGUGGCUCAGCGCUAUUGGGCUGCCUCAGUAUCAUAAGAAGCUGUCGGAGAACGGCUACGACUCCAUCACCAUCGUGCGAGACAUCACCUGGGAGGACCUGCAGGAGAUCGGCAUCACAAAGCUGGGUCACCAGAAGAAGAUGAUGCUGGCGGUGAAGAAGCUGUGUGACAUACAGAAGGCCCGUAACCAAGCAGAGGGGCAAGGCACCCUGCGACGGAAGCUUCCGGGCGCCCUGGAGCUGGUUGCCAUCGAGCCUCCAGAGAGCGGGGACUGCCCCUCGCCCCACACGCCAAAAAUGCUCACCUUCCAGGACAGCGAGCUGAGUGCCGAGCUUCAGACCGCCAUGUCCAACAACUACAGCGGCUGCCAGGAGGGUCUGGCCAUGAGGAGCGCGGCGGCCAUGUCGGUCAGCCAGGAGAGCAUCGGCACGCGGUCCCGUGGCUCGGGCCACUCCCAGGAGCCCCCGCUGGCCUCGGCCGCGGCCCACAGCCGUUCCCAGGAGAGCCUGGGCAGCGCCGACAGCGGCAGGUCCGGCGGCAGCCCGGGGAAGGAGAGGAACAUUCCGGAGGGAUGGGACCAACGGCAGCCUCUGACCUCUAAGCUGGUGCUGCUGCAGCAGAGCCCGGUCAGCCUCACUCCGCCCCACACCCCCAGCAAGAUGGCGGGGCUUGCCUACCCAGCGGUCCCUGCCAAGCCCAAAGCCAACUCCUCGCCGGUCCUGCCUUAUCACAGUAGCCCACAGGGCUCCCCGGGCCACAAAGCCUUCAGCUACCUGCACUCCCACUGCGGGAGCACCAACCUGGAGCGCAGCCCGCUGGCCAAGCCCCUCCCCUCCACCUACGGAGUGCCAAUCAACGGCGAGGCCCUCCGGCCGAAGAAGCGCACCCAGAGCCUGACGCGCCACGCCCUCUCGGACGGGGAGCCUGACGAGGACGAGUUGCCCGCCGUGCCCUCGGCCUCCCUGGCGUCCUACGCCACCCUCACCCGCCGCCCCGGCCGCAGCCAGCUGGCGCGCCUCCAGACGGCGUCCGAGCGCAACGUGGGCCGCAGCCAGUCCUUCGCCAUCCGCGCCCGCAAGAAGGGCCCGCCCCCGCCCCCACCCAAACGCCUCAGCUCCGUCAGCAGCAGCGGGGGGACGGAGCCGCCCGACCCCAGCCUGGCCAGCGGGGCAGGGGUGGAGCUGGAGAGCCCAGGCAAUGUGAAGAGCAUUACCGCCCUGCUGGAGACCGGCGGGGGCAGCCCGUUGAAGCUGGACAGACCCGGGCCCCAGCGCGAGCCCGGCUCCCCGGUGCCCCCGCCCAAACCGGCGCUGCCGCCCUCACGCGACCCCGCGGGGAACCGCAGGAGGACGGUGAGCGAGCCGGGCUCCUGCCUGACCGACAAGCCUGAGGGCGACGGGGGGGUGAAGUCGGACACGGAGGAGGAGAGCCGGGCCGGGCCGGGGCUGGAUGGCUCCUCCUCACCCCAGAACAGCUCCAGCGAGUGCAUCCCCUUCGCCGAGGAGGGCAACCUCACCAUCAAACAGCGGCCCAAGGCGGCCGGCCCGCUUAAACCGGAGCCCCCGCCCAAGACGCCCGAUCUCCCGGAAUUCAACCUGAAGGAGUCGGACACGGUCAAGCGCAGACACAAGCCCAAGGAGGCAACCUCGCCCGAGGAGGAGGGCGUCGAGCCCUCACCCCCACCCCCACCCCCGUCUGCCAAAGAGGGGAGUGGCCAGGAGUUCCAGAGUGACGAGGACGUUAGCCUGAGGAUCGCUGAGAUCGAGAGGAGCCUGCAGUGCCUGGAGAAGGGUGGCCCGCCCGCAAAGCCCCAAAAACCCCCCGUCUCCCCGAAACCCGCCAGCCCACAGAAACCCACGGCUGCUGCUAAACCGCUGCCGUUCCCCUCAGCUCCAGCAGCAGCAGGUGCUCCCAGUGUGAAUGUCAGCGUGGUGCAGAGUGUGGCCUUCACUGCCCCCUCCCAGGGCUGCUCGCUGUCCUCAGCCACACCUGCUCCCUGCCAGCCAACCAAGCCAGGAAAGGCCCAGGCCUGUGUGUCGGGCCCAGAGCCGGGCCCCGGAUCAGUGCUGGUUCAUAAGCGGCUGGAGCAGACCAGCACGUCCCUGGAGGCGGCGCUGGAGGCAGUGGAGAGAAAACUCAUCCUGGAGGACAACACCGAUGGCGGCACCAACACGGUGAAGUCUGCAGGGAACAUUCUGGACGACAUCGGCAACAUGUUUGACGACCUAGCUGACCAACUGGACGCCAUGCUGGACUGAUCCCGAGCUUCCCCCAGGCCCUGCCCGAACCCUGCCCAGGCCCUGCCCCGCUCAUGGCCGAGCCUCAGCCGUCCCCCAGUGGACCUGCAAAAGCCCUGGGUACCUGGCUCCCUCCUGGGUUCCCUCAUUCCCCUUCAACUGAAUUAACCCCCACCUCGCCUGCACCUCCACCGUACCACACUGGCAACCCACCGUGGGGACUCAAACAGGAUCCCGGUCGCACUGCAUGGAAGUCCAUGGAAGGUGCCGGAAGCAAGGUGGCAGGAGCGCAUCCGUGGAGCUUGCGGCUCCUUACUUCAACACGAGCACUUAAGACUACUGCCCCAGACGGGGUCAGGGCUGCUGCUGGCGUGAAUACAGGGACUGUGACGUUUCAGCAGCACGGUGUGCCUGAGCACAGACUGCAGCUGAACCAGCGCAUGCUGAAGCCUUCGCCUUCUUUCACAUUUCAUUUAAAAUGGCUGCUCGUCUUACCCUGCUUCUCAUUCUUCGUGAGUCCAUCAAAAUCAGUGACUCGCCUCAGAAAUGAAGGGUUCAUAUUUCCUGUUUUGAUUUGCUACGCCGAAACCAUUCAGGAAGAGAACCAGGUUGUACUAUUCCCAGAAGGAAUAAUAUUUGUAACACAAGUCCUAAGCUGUAUAAAUUUACAGCUUCAACGGUUUCUGCUCAUUUAAUUUAAUGCUGAGUGACUUCUGUUUUGUAACUGUGGUAUACUUGUCUUCUUUAAUUCAUUGGGCAAGUAACCUGCUUACAUAUUCUCCUUGGAGACAAGCUUUUACAUGUGAUGUUUUUCAAGCAGCAGGGCGUAGAGGUGUAACAGUGUGCGACUGAUGUAAACAUGUACAUUUCUGCAUAGUGGUUUUACUCUAACAAAGGGAAGCAUCUGACUGCUUUUAAAAGCAUAUUUAAAUAAAUAACUAUAUUAAGCAUAACUGUAAGAUUUUAAGAUGACAUUGUACAGUGGAAGAUGGCUGUAAUCACCAAUGAUAUACUAUAUUUUGACUAAUUAUUUUAGAGCUGCAAUCAAAAAAAAAUCAAUAUAAGUCUAAAAAAUAUGUAUAUUAUAGACUAUGUUUGUGUGUAUGUUAGUGAUUGGGAGCAAUUUAUUGUUUUUUUAUUGUCAACCAAAGUUGUAUGUGUGUAUUGCCUUUCCUCUGCGACAUUUUGUCAUUUAGCCAAUUAGUUCAUUAUCAAUUAUCCUUUACAUUUUGUAUUAAUUAAAACUAAUUUAACCAUUAGGGAAGAUGCUUUGUGAAGUGCUGAGACCUUGAGACUGAAGCACAUAAAAGGGUUAAUUAUUCAAAUCCGGGUCAGUGAGGCUGAAGCACAUCGAGGGGGGGAUUUCACUGCUGAAGCAGACUCAUCUGGGUCAGUGAGGCUGAAGCACAUCGAGGGGGAUUUCACUGCUGAAGCAGACUCAUCUGGGUCAGUGAGGCUGAAGCACAUCGAGGGGGAUUUCACUGCUGAAGCAGACUCGUCCGGGUCAGUGAGGGCGACGUACACUGAGGGGCGACGUACACUGAGGGGGGACUUCACUGCUGAAGCAGACUCGUCGGUCCCUGAAACGGUGGAAAUGGGACCUUGUGUGGCUGUGAAGCCGGCCCGCAGCUUGCAGCAGAGCCGGGACAGGCCAGGAAGGCUGCAGCGGGUUUCAUAAUGCAGCAGGCGCUUUAUUUCAAAUGAUCUCCAGUAAAUGGUGCAUCAGGCCUGCUCUUUUUCCACACGAAUCCUUCUUAUUGCCACACAUUUCCCAAGCGCAUCUACAGUACCGUUGUGCAUUAGUUCAGUAAUGCACUUACGUCAUACCAACAGGAGAGGCUGCAGUUACUGGGGAGAAGACCACUGUCAUUGACCAGUCUGUCAGUAUUUUUCACAUAACUUAUUACUUGUGUGUAGACUGCAUUACGUUUCAUGUUUUUUUUUUUUCUUCAUUGAUGAAAAAGAGUUUAAAUGCAUCCAUCAAACGUCAGUUGUUUGUCUAGUUAUUUAACUAUGAGAAUAGCUCAUAUUACGGAAACUGCAUGUUUUCAUUUUAUAAGAUUCCUUGAUUCAAGUUUUUUUAGAAACAGUAUAGCUUAUAUUUUUGAUGACAUUUGAUGACUAUCAUGAGUAAUGCUGUAAUUAUUGUGUUAUUCCAGGCCUUGUACUGUAAAUCAUUCUCAGUCCAGUUAUGAGCCACUUCAUUCCUGCAGUGACCCUGUGUGUGCGCGUGCGUAUGUGUGUGUGUGCGCAUAUACGCAUGCAUGAGUGUGUGUGUGUGUGUGUGUGUGUGUGUGUGUGUAUUUGUGCUGACACAGGAACUGGUUUCAGCUGUGGUGCUGAAACACAGAUACUCCUUAAGGCCAGUUCAAUUAGAUUAUACAGAUAUUGAUUUCUACUCAAGACAGAGCACCUUAAGAUGGAUGGUUAAAACCUGUAAUCAGAAUAGUUAUAGAACACUGUACUGACUGGUAAAUGUUUUUUUAUAUUACGUUCUGAAUAUUUUAUCACUUGUCUAAUCUGUUUACUGUUAACUAUUAAAGAAGAUCUGUAUGUUUAA